AUGCCUCGACCUGCAACGCGCCCAGGGAAUGCUAACAAACAUCCUGGACAGAUAGUUCUUGAAGUGAGUCGUGUAGCACAUCCAAAGGAUGUAAUUGCAGCUGAAAGAAAAAAGGCGUCAGCAGAGAAAUCAGCCAAGGAAAUCGCCUUAGAAGAUGCUCAAAAGAAGGUCGCUGCAACGGAAGAUGCUAUGGCUGUUGAGCAGACGGCUCAACGUGCUGGCCCAGGACACCUUGUCAGACCAAAGCCUAAGCCGCGCCCAGUGACCAAGGCAGCGCCAACUGCAAACCCCGACAAGAUGCGCAAGCCUUAUGCAAUACAAUGCUGUUGCAAGACUUACCAGUUCUUUGACAUUUAUACAGCUGUUGGGGCAAAACCAGUGUCCAAAAGCACUGACACCCCGAAGAAGAAAUAUCCAGGCUUGAAACUCACCUUCAAGGAUGGUGUCAACGCCAAUCGAAAGGUGUCCAACAAUGGUACAUCAUCUACAAUGUGCAUUGUACUAAGUGCGGGCAGGGGCAGUGACAGUGGGAAAAAUCGAAGGUCGUUGGGAUCUGAACACGCCAUAUCGACAGAGGAGGUGGAAGUGGGGAAGUGGGCUAAAAGCGUGGCAUCGAAGUCCCAACGGAAGCCAUCUGCGCCACCAAGUGCACGUGCCAGUGUGAUUGCAAGCAGGGAUGCGGACAUAUCCGAAGACAAAAACCUACCUGAAGAUCAUGAUGAGAGCGUAACUGUGAGUUGGGGUAGUCAGGGUGUCGUGCGUAUGAUUGAGACUGUUGAUGAUGCCACGAGGGGACGGAAGCGUACCUUGUCCACGACCUCAUUGGAUGACCUCGAACCCGAAGAGCCGCGUGAAAUGGAAGAAGACGAUGCCAACGAAUAUAUUCUGGACAAGGAUGAGGGUGCGGCUGAGGAUGAGGAUGAGGAUGUUGAGAUGACGGAUCAGCAGGGUGACAUUAUUGAGGUCUCAAGCAGUCGACUCACAAGCUCUAUGUCAGUUAGCGUCAUGGAUACCACGAUGGACGGUCCAACAUCCAAGUUUGUCAAAACCGAAAAUGGACGUGCGCCACGUACGAUACUCAAUCUGAAGAAAGAAAAGCCAAAGAAUUCUCACUUGCCCAGCGCUGUUCAGAAUCUCAGCUUUUGUUCCAUAUUUAUUCCAACGGUCAUGCACUGGGUCGGCAACAACAGCUAUCCAUGGACCAUCCCCGAUGAGAAACUCUCAGACAUUCUCGAGGAUAUAUUCAUGGCGGUGUGUAAGCAGCCUGGAGACUUUAGGAAUGAUGAUGGCUGUAAUCUUGCCUUCAACGUCGUAUGCCAAAGGAUCUCUGAAUGGAGAGGCAACUUCAGCUCCACCGCUAUCACGAUUCUCAUGGCAUUUUUCGCCUCCACGGACGAAUUCAAGACCAAGGAGGCACACAAAGACUAUGCCGAAUAUCAACUUGAAGAUUCACGCUUUGUAUAUGAAGAUCCAGAUAACGAAGACUCACCUGGAGUUUUCUUAUCGGAAUUCAUCUUGCGCAUCUUCGCUGUUCAACUCAAUGCCACCCAAGGACACCAGAUAAUUGACUCGCUUGACUUUGGCUUACCUGGAUAUCAAACGGCCCUUGCACUGACCACUGCAGCCGCUGAGCGUGCACUUAUUUUAGCUCGUGACAACCUGAUUGUGGAAGAUACUUCGGACCACGGGAAACACAAGAUCGUGUUGACUCUCAAUCAGUCCACAAACAAAAUGAGUAACACAGGCACUGCUUUUUCUGCGGGUAAUUGGGAGACUGAUACACUCGUGUACAUGGAACGAAUUGAGGAGCUGCCCUUCGACCGCAUCAAAGAAAUUGUGGAACGAUCUCAGGCGUACAUGAAGCGUGCUCGCCACAAGGACGAGUCUACUAUUCUCGAUGGUGAAACCCCCGUCAAUCCACGUACACGUAUCCGUAUCUGA